GAAGCAAACCAAGCAAACAGCAAAGGACACCCGGAAGCAGAGCAGCCCGACGCCAGCCAACUAUCUGUCGUCGUCUUCUCUCCCUUCCACUCGUCCUCUCCUCUCCCCUCUCUCCUUCACUUUCCCUUCGCCAUGUCGGCCGCUCCCGAAGAGCCCGUGACUGCCAUGGAGGAAGUUCUGGCGCAACCAUCCCCAGUCCCCACUACCUCGAGCAGUUGUAGUGGUGGCUCUGGCAGCGGUGGUGACAAGCCGUUGCCACCCCGUAAGGAGCGCAGCAAGUCGCGUGAUGCAGGCAAGCGCAUGGGCGGCGGCCAGAAGGCAUCCUGGAAUGUGACGGAGAUCCCGAGGGCCGUGCCUACGGAUGCGCACGACCCUAACUACGACAGUGAAGCGGAGGAGAACGUGGUGCUCGUGUCGACAGUGGCCGGCUCACCCACAAAGACGACGACGACGUUGGAGCCUGAUGAGCUAGCGGCAAAGGAACUGGCAUUGAACCCGCCACCGGAGAUUAAAAAGCGCAUCAUCGAGAUCCUGGAGGAAUAUUUCACCAGUGGAGACGCCGACGAAGUGCUGAGCUCACUCAAUGACCUGGACGAGCCCGAGUUCAACUACGAAGUGGUCAAGCGUGCGAUCACCAUGGCUAUGGACAAGAACGACAAGGAGCGCGAGCUGGCGUCGCGUCUGCUCUCGACGCUGUACCUGGACGGACUUACGGCUGGACAGGUGCUUAUGGGCUUCCGUCGUGUGCUGCUACUGGCUGGAGACUUGCAGAUCGACAUCCCCACGGCCAAAAAUAUGCUGGCCAUCUUCUGCGCUCGUGCCGUAGUGGACGAGAUCCUGCCUCCCAGCUUCCUGGAGGAUCCGUUCAUCACGCGAUACGCCCCCGAGAUCGCGGGGGAGGCGAUUAAGAAGCUGAGUAUCAACCACGCUACAGCACGAAUGGAGAAGGCCUGGGGACCUGGUGAUGGUCGCCCCGUUGAGGAACUCAAGGUGGCUAUUGACCAGCUUACCAAGGAGUAUUUGCUGUCGCGUGAUCUUGAGGAAGCUGCGCGUUGUGUUCGCGAGCUGAACGUGCCGCACUUCCAUCACGAAGUGGUCAAGCGCGGCAUCACGAAUUCGCUUGAAGAAGGCGGAGAGGCCAACAGUGCGGCUAUGGCGUCGCUAUUGGCCUAUCUGGUCUCCAACGAGGUGGUGUCAACGGGUCAGUUGGUGAAGGGCUUCGAGCGCUUCAAAUUCGUACUGGACGACGUCGCGCUCGACAUCCCGAACGCAGCCGCACUGUUCAAGGACAUUGUGGCACGUGGCAUCAGUGAUGGCAUCCUCCCUAAGGACUUCGACGCCAGCGCGGCCAAGAAGCAGUAAGAGGGUGGAGGCCAGUGUGCGUUGGGUCCAGUUGUCAAUGGCUUCUGCGGACAGAAGGAUGACUUGCUUUCGCGGUCAUCUACUCACGCAUAAUACACGAACUCUUUUUUUUUUC